AUGGACUAUACUGCAAGAGGUCGUUCAAGAUCCAGGUCUCCUCCCCGUCGCUAUUACGGUGAAGAUCGUGAAGGUAAUGGCUAUGACAGACAGCGCGGCGGAUAUGGCGAAUUUCACGAUAGCAGUAGAAGGUAUAAGCGUGAAGACCACCGUAGAGGGGGUUCACGUCGUGAGUAUGGUUACUAUCGUGGUACCGACCGUUUCUCCGAUAGGAGAAGUAGACCACCCAAUAGAUUUGUUGAUCGAUACCAAGACCACUCUAGUAGGAGUGAGUUUGGACCUAAGUUGGAUAGGACUCUAGACUCCAGCUACGACGAAAAAGUCAACAGGAAUUACUCGAACAGCAUAUUUAUUGGUAACCUUACAUACAAUACUACUCCUGAGGACCUAAAGCAGUUCUUCGGAGAAGUGGGGCAUGUGGUUCGUGCGGAUAUCAUAACUUCUCGUGGUCAUCAUAGAGGUAUGGGUACGGUUGAGUAUACCAAUUCUGGUGCUGUAGACGAAGCUAUCCGUAGGUAUAAUGGCUGUAACUUCAUGGAUAGGGAGAUUUUUGUUCGCCAAGACAACCCGCCACCUUCUAUGGAGCGCCGCGAGAGACGUGCAGCCCCCGUGCCAAGACGUACCCAUCAUGGUGGAUAUGAGAUAUUUGUAGCAAAUUUACCAUACUCCAUCAAUUGGCAGGCAUUGAAGGAUAUGUUCAAGCAAUGUAGUCAAGUCAUACAUGCAGAUGUCUCUGUACACGCAGACGGCUAUUCUAGAGGUUUUGGUACAGUAUACGUUUCAACAAAAGAAGACCAGAUAGCUGCUAUUAAGAAAUGGAAUGGAUAUGAGAUGGAGGGAAGGAUAUUGGAAGUCAGAGAAGGUAAAGGCACCGAUGCAGCAGCUGCACCAGGUCGCGGAGGAGAUUAUGCUCCUUAUGGUGCUUCCUCUUAUGGACAAGGUAGAGACCAGUCUUAUUAUGACCGCGAAACCACGAAGGUUAUUGAUAACCAGCAAGAAGCUUCAUACAAAUCAUCAUCGUCCACAAAGGUUGAUGAUGCUGACUUUACUGCAAAGGCUGCGCCAGGUGGUCAACAUAACAAUAUCAUUUAUUGUGAAAACAUGCCCCAUGCCACCGCGGAGUCCGAUUUGUAUGAUCUCUUUGAGACAAUUGGGAAAGUAGUUAGAGCUGAGUUGAAGCUAGAUAGUGAAGGACAACCUACCGGAGAUUCAGUCUGUGAAUUUGAGGAUGCCGGUGAUGCCAAAGAAUGUAUCGAAAGACUAGAUAACUACCAUUAUGGUGGAUGUGAUCUAAAAAUUUCUUAUGCAAAGUACGAUUGA